UCCCAGUACAGAAUGGGGAGGCUUGGGAGACGCCUAGACAGUAUUCCAUCUCUAAUCUCCCCAGCGCUGGACAGAAUAACACUCUGUGAUGAUGUCGAAACCCCCUUUUGACUCGGGGCUCCAGACUGGAUGAAAAAACCUCAAAGAACUUUGAUGAACCAAGAAGAUUAUGAAUUCAACACACAAAACACACAAGGGGGAUAAUCAAGAGUUUUGUUAUGAGAUGCGAUUAGUACUGGGUUAAGACUUAGCACCAGUGUUAGCAUUAGCAUUAGGUUUAGCAUUAGUGGUGGCCAUAGUAUUAGGUCUAGCGUUAUCGUUGUGAAGCGUUCGGUGUUCCUGCUGAGGAACAGUGCCCCUAGAGGGCUUAGAGAUCAUUGACCUUAUAUAACCCUCUUGAUUGGAGUAAGUGCUCUAGUGUGCUCGGGUAUAGUCUGAUCACUCUUCACUGAUCACUGCCAGUUAAAUGCAGACCUGAACUGUCGUUCCGGUGUCUCCAGUCCUACCUCCCUCAUGCGUUACUGACAUGUGUUGAAUGGAGGCAAUAAAUGGACGACGGAAUUGCAUUUCUCUGUCAAGAACUUUAUUUUAGGCUAUUAGGCGGCCGACUAUAACUACAACUAAACCAGUGCAUGCAUAAGAGAAACAUACUUAAAUUAUCAUUAGGUUUAGCAUGAGCAUUGGGCUUAGCAUUAAAAUUGGGUUUAGCAUGAGUAGUGGUAUUAGUUUGGCAUUAGUAUUAGGUUUAGCAUUAGCAUUAUGUCUAGCGUUAGCAUUAUGGUUAGCAUGUGCUUUAGUAUUGACAAGAGCAUGAGUCUUCCGAAAACGUACAGUGUUGCUUAAAGCAUACAACACGAGGUUCAUUCCGAGGCUUAUCCGAGCUGGAUGCUACAUGUAUUUAUGUAUUGACGUUUUGCAUGAGUGCCGCAGUGUGUGGUUGCUCGCUGAACGUAGCCUGUGUUUGUUCUGCAGGAGCGGCCACGCCCUCAUGGCCUUCAUGCUGUCCCGGCAGGAGGGCAAGCUGAACCGGCAGCAGACGAUGGAGCUGGGCCACCACAUCCUCAAAGCUCAUAUCUUCAAGGGUCAGAGUAAGAGGACGGGCGUGUCCUCCAGCGUCCUUCAGGCUCUCUGGAUCAGCUGCAGCGCAGACGGCCUGUCAGCCGCCCUGUCCUCCCUGAGGAACCUGUACACACCCAACGUCAAGGUGAGCCGGCUGCUGAUGCUGGGCGGGGCCAACGUGAACUACCGCACGGAGGUGCUGACCAACUCCCCGGUGCUGUGCGUCCAGUCCCACCUGGGCCAUCUGGAGAUGGCGGCUCUGCUGCUGGAGUUCGGCGCCAGCGUGGACGUGGUCUCAGAGAACGGCAUGAGCCCCCUCUGCUUCUCGUCGGCCGCCGGCCAUCUGGGCCUGGUCAGCCUGCUCUGCAUGCGGGGCGCCAAGCUGGACCACGUGGAUAAGAGCGGGCAGUGUGCCCUGGUGCACGCGGCCCUGCGGGGCCACGCGGAGGUGUUGCAGUACCUCCUGGAGCUGGACUGGGGCCCCGGAGAGCAGCAGGGCCCCGGAGGGCAGAAGGGCAAGGCCCUGCAGCAGGCCCUGGUGGCAGCGGCCAGCAUGGGGCACACGCAGGUCGUGCGGGACUUGCUGGCGUUGACUAAUGAGCAUGCGGUGCAAAUGGACGAGCAUGAUACGCUGUGGGGAGAGACAGCCCUGACGGCGGCGGCGGGGCGGGGGAAGCUGGAGGUGUGUGUCUACCUGCUGGAGGAGGGCGCCGCCGUGCAGCAGGCCAACCGCCGCGGGGUGGCGCCGCUCUUCUGCGCCGUCAGACAGGGACACUGGCAGAUUGCAGAGCUGUUGCUGCAGCACGGUGCGGAUGUGAACAUCAGCGACAAGCAGGGCCGGACUCUGCUGAUGGUGGCUGCCUGCGAAGGACACCUCAGCACCGUGGACUUCCUGCUCACUAAAGGCGCGUCUCUGACCUCGGUGGACAAGGAGGGCCUGACGCCGCUGAGCUGGGCGUGUCUGAAGGGUCAUCAGAACGUGGUGCAGUUCCUGGUGGAGCAAGGGGCCCUCAUCGACCACACGGACAAGAACGGACGCACACCGCUGGACCUGGCCGCCUUCUACGGAGACGCAGACAUCGUGCAGUACCUGGUGGAGCGUGGGGCGGUGGUGGAGCACGUGGACUACUCGGGGAUGCGGCCACUGGACCGCGCCAUCGGCUGCAGGAACACGUCGGUGGUGGUGACUCUGCUGAAGAAGGGAGCCAAGCUGGGGAACGCCGCGUGGGCCAUGGCUACGUCUAAACCUGACAUCCUCAUCAUCCUCCUGCAGAAGCUGAUGGAGGAGGGAAAUCUGCUCUACAAGAAGGGGAAGAUGAAGGAGGCAGCCCAGAGGUACCAGUAUGCCCUCCGGAAGUUUCCCAGGGAGGGCUUCGGAGACGACCUGAAAGCCUUCAAAGAGCUCCGGGUCUCGCUGUACCUCAACCUCUCCCGCUGCCGCAGGAAAACCAACGACUUUGGCAUGGCUGAGGAGUUUGCUUCGAAGGCGCUGGAGCUGAAGCCCAAGUCCUACGAAGCCUACUACGCACGCGCCCGGGCCAAGAGAAGCAGCAGGCAGUUCUCCGCCGCCAUGGUCGACCUGCACGAGGCGGCCAAGCUGUGCCCCAACAACAGGGAGAUACGCCGCCUGCUGGCCCGCGUGGAGGAGGAGUGCAAGCAGAUGCAGCGCGCCCAGGUCAAGCCCUCCCAGCCCGGGGCCGCCGGCACCACCAGCCAGGGGGCCUCCGGGGGCCACGACUCGGACAUGGAGCCCGAGGAAGGGCAGGCGGAACACCCGGAGCAGCGGCUCUGCAGGAGCCUGGAGGGCCAGAGGAACAUCCUGGAGGAGGAGGAGGACGAGGAGGAUGAGGACGAGGACGAGGAGUCCCUGCAGGCCGAGGGCCACUGGCCCCAGAACGCGUACUCCCUCAGCAGGGUCCCGCCCGCCGAGACGCUGAGCACGGGCCACCAGAACCACGGGGCCCGGCCCGGCUCGCCCCCGGGGCCCGGCCGGCUGCCCCCGCACCGGUACCCCCGGGAGCACCGGGAGGCCCUGGCCCAGCAGGGCCUGGUCCUCCAGUCCACCAAGCAGGCGCAGAUCGUCAAGACCAACCAGCACAUGAGCGGGGGGGGGCGUCCCGCCGGAUCCAAGUCGCAGUACGGCCCCUCCAGCCCGCUGCCCAGCAGACGCAUGUCCAGCGCGCUGAAGGCGGGCCCCGGCAUCGACAUCAGCCCUCUGCCGACCCCCGCCGACGAGCCCGUGUACGGGGAGCGCUUUUCCCUGGCGACCACCGCCAUGGUCCACCACGGCGACGGCGACGGGCCGCACCUCUCCCAGACCUCCUCCUACUGCAGCAGCAGCAGCUCCUCUAAGGGCCCGGGCCAGGAGCCCGUGUCCAGCUACUCCGGCUCCUCCCUGGACGGGCUGGCCUGCUCGGGCCCCCUGCUGGAGCCGGGGAAGGAGGCGGGGUGCUCCGGCUCCCAGGCGGGCUGCGGCAGCAUCAGGGUGUCCAGCUCCACCUCCAGCCUGGCCUCCAGCAGCAGCCAGUCAGAGAGCGGCAAGCUGGGCCCCGACGUCCGCUCCAAGACCUCGGACAAGGCCAAGCACAGCCAGCCGGCCGGCGGCGGCAGCGGCAGCGGCGGCGGCGGCGGCGACUGGAAGCCCCGGCCCUUCAUGGGCGUCAUGGAUAAGACGGCCCGCUUUCAGCAGCAGCUGCAGCUGCAGCAGCAGCAGCAGAUGCAGAUGCAGCAGAUGCAGCUGAGCCACCAGGGCCCGUUGUGCGGGGGGCGGACCUGGCAGAACCACUCCAUGGACGUCCCGAUGGGGCACAGCGCAGGGCGCGGCCUGGGCAUGCAGUCCAUGAGCUGCGACCUGCCCUUCGGCAAAAUGCUGAGCACUUACCAGGAGCAGCAGCCGCCGCCGCCGCACAAGCCCGCACCCCCCCACGCUGCCCUGCCCAUGGGCAGCCUGCAGAACGGCGUCCACGGCAACGACUUCACCGAUAAGUUCUGCCAGGCGGCCGCCUUCUACAAACAGUCCAAGCCGGCGUUGGCCAUGCAGCACCCGUUCAUGGGCGCGCCGCCCGUUCCGCCCGGUCUGACCCGGGACAACCCGGCCCGGGACAACCCCGCGCUCCACGUCUCCGCCAUCAAACCAAAGCGAUCGUUUAUAGAGUCCAACGUCUAAUUUAUUUUCUGGGGUUCGUCGUCACAUCGCACACACACUAGCAAAAAAAAAAGAAAGUUCGACGAUUUUCGUGUUUUUUUUUCUAACCAACCCCCCGGUCGUGUUUCCUCUUUAAUAGGUUUUUCGUUUGAUUCAAGUGAGCGACCACGCUUGCCCCCCCCCCCCCCCCUUGGUGAAGACAGACCACAGACUGUACCCCUGGCCCGCUGGCUGGCUGGCUGGCGGUUCUGCCAACACGUUCCACGGUUCAGCCAAGCUGAAGACACCUCAGUGGGCGUGUCCAGAACGCCGUGCUCCUAGAGACUUAACGGCGACAGCUAGCACUUUAAGAAUGCAUCAAGGGCCUUUUUUUUCAAAGUGCUUAAAACAAUAGAUCCUUUAUGCUAGCAUCGUGUUAUUAGUGUGCAGAGAUGUUACACAGCGGCUGUGUUUGAGUCCACGGUGCUGAGAGUCCACUUGGGAGGCGUUGAAGGACGGGCAUUCCUAUGUUCUGGCAAGGAUGUUGUCGCUCCUGACUUCUGUGUAUAUUAUUAUAAAUACGUAUUUCCUUUUGAGGGAAGGUCUGUGUCAAGUGUAUUGACUCGUAUACAGUCGUGUAUUUUGAAUUGUUUUUAUUUUCUGCACAGUUUUGUUGAAGAUGGUGUUCUGAAAAUGUAUUUGUUUAAUAUGUUUGUACAUUCUAUAAAUCGGCCAUUAACAUUGGAAGUAAAUCCUCCUUGUAUCUGCUUGUUGUUAGCCGUGUAGUUUAUUUAUUUACAGCGCCUCUGGCUUGGUUCAUUGUAAAAGCAAUAUAUUUUAUAUAGUUAUUUUUGCACAGCUACUAAGACAUUUUACGAUUCAGAAUAAUAUUCGGCUUAAGUGCAUGCAUCCGUUGCAGUUUAUAAGAAAGAGUUCAAAAGAAAUAUUUAAAAAAAUACAAAUAUUGUUUGGCGGCAUUGUGCCAUUAGCUCUAUUUUACUACAAUAUGUAUGUUACUCGCCAUUCGUUGCCAUGUUUUCAGUAUUGUGAGCUGUCUUAGCUGUGACCACAUGCUGUAAUAGGACUUCCUGCCAUCGCCAUCGUGGGAAAUAAAGGCAUCACUAAGAAAGACGAAGCGCAUUUGGCUUUUUAUUGUUGGGCAUAAAAACACAGCUGGAGCUGUGAACACGCAGUGCUAAAGCCCCCUCCAUGGGCCUCAUAAACCUUAUUAAAAGCUUAUUAAAAGGCUGUGAAUUCAUCCACUGAGUCUUGGAGGUCUUUCCCUCUCCAUCUUACCCUAAACACACCGUCUCUUUCGCACGGGGGGGGUCCGGUGCCUCGGUCCACUUCCAGCGUGGAAGUGGAACUGCUUCAUGGCGUCUGGCUCGUAGGAAUAGCCUGUUGACAAACGACGUCCGUGUCAAAUGUGACAGAUGUCAUCAAUAACAUGUGAUAUCUCUUGUCUAACAUGAUAAAGAUUAAACACACAAAUAACUAAACGGUUAUAGUGUACAUUUAAAUUUAGCAGACACUUUAAUCCAACGCGACUUGCAUCCAUUCGUAGAGACCGACGGCGUAUUCAACCAUGCAAGGCGACAGCCAGAUUGUCGGGAGCAGUCAGGGUAAGGUGUCUUGCUCAGGGACACCUCGACACUCAGCUAGGAGGAGCUGGGGAUAGCAACCUUCCGGUUACAAAUCAACCUGCUCUAACUCCUGAGCUACUGCUGCCAAAUUGCAAGAAAGUGUGAAUAGAUGAGAAACAUGAAAACAUGAAUAGUUUUUGAAUGAUUGAUGAGGGACCUGCAGGCAUGACGGGGGCAUUCAUCUGCACCCUGGCGAUAGGGCACGGGAACCUGUCUGGAGUUCCUGAGAUGGUGAGGCCUUCCUUCCGGACCUGAAACAACAUUUGGGUUCAUUGUCAUAAUUGGCAAAUUGCACAAAAAC